AUGUCGUGCGUAGGGAUGCCCCGUUACGAGGAUGGCUUCCGGUUGGCUGGGCCCCCGUCGGAGUGCUCCCUCAGGAGCAAGGCUCGGAUCGACGCCCUCUUCGAGGACUCUAGAUCGAUUUACGGGUCCACGAUGGGCGGAUGGUACGGGGCAGUGUCCACCAUGAACUCGAACAACAUCGAGGAUACCACCGGCGCGGAUGAACAGAGACGAGUGAACAGCGCAGUCCAGGCGCGAAUCGAGGCGAUGUUCGCUUCCGUGGAGGCCGAAAGCGGAACACCCGGGGAAUGCGCGGCCGCCAUUUUGCCGGUGAAGUACAUGGGAGCAGCUUCGGUUGGAGGCCGCGUGGCGAGCGUCCGCGGGCUUCAAGAGCCACUUCGCCAGCUUCUAGAACGGAUGGAGUGCUCGACGAGGGCCGAACUCGAGGUGUCCAGACGCGGUCUGUGUUUCCGCACCAUGGACGGCUGCGAGAGGAACAAUCCGUUCCGACGUAUCGCCGUGUGGAGCGCACUACGGCUACGCUGCAAGAGGACACCGUCCGGCGAUUGGCACCACGCUUUCCUGCCGUUGGUCGGCGAUCAGGAUCAGGGCCAGGCCGGCGAGGACAAGCACGCGGAUCUCUACAGGACAAUGAGGGGUUUGAAAACCACCGUGGACUGCUAUCCGCCGAUAUUCGCGGUGGUGAUGAGGAGGACAGGAGCAACCAGGGUGUUGGAAUGCCACGCGUUCGCUUGUAAUAUAGAGGAGGAUGCAGUCGCAGCUGCAGCGACCCUCUACAGGGCUCUGCUCGCUGAUCUAGACACGAAUAGGCGUCGUCCAAGGCACACGAACGGUGUCGGCUGCGUCAGUUUGGCGUCCGUCGCGUCUAGUGUUCGAGAGCCUAGUCCGUGCAGCAGAAUCAGUUCUAGGAUAAAUGUUCCGCAAGUAGAAGGUGCGUUACCAACGACCGCACAUCCAGUCCGGCCACCCAGGACGAAGAAAAGCUCGAUCUCCAGCUCUGUCACCGAAGACGACAGUGGAAAACUGUCGGAGGUUCAGAAAGCGCCAAGGAGGAAGAAAAAGAACUCGGACGUCAAAGCGGAGGACAUUCUGGAAGCUCGAGGAAGGAGCCGAGAGCCGAAUCCAAAGGAGAAAGUUAGUAGUCCCGCGAUUCAGACUUUUGGUUCCGUUCAGAAAAGCUUCGAUUCGAGGACGUCCAAGGAAGAGGAACGACAGAAUGCCAAAAACAAAUCUGACAGCAAGUCUGCCACGUCGGAAAAGGCCGAUGUGGUGAAUAAUUUCGUGGGUCAAACGGAAAAAUCUUACGACAUCGGUGCCAGUGGAUUCUAUGAAAAGUUAUUGAACAGGUACGAGAAACUUCCUGUGAAAGCAAAAGUGGAGAAGGUUACCAGUCCCGGAAAGCAGAGUCCUCCGAAUGAAUUCGAUCUGAAUCCUUCUGUGGAGGCUGUGAAGAAACAACAAAUAUAUUCUUCUAGACCUGAGUCUUUGAUCUACGACAGAAUCGACAAACUCGGUUGCAAGGACGAAGAGAACUCGAUGUACGAACGGUGCAGGAAACGAAACAGCCAUGAGAGGCUCUACGAGGACCAUUUCAAAGAUGCAGACAAAAUCUACAGCAUCGCCCAUGAGGAUAUUUAUAGCGGCAGGAGCAGCAGACUUGAUCGAAGCAAGGUAAAGAGCUCUCAGGAGGAUAUUUUCUUCGGGAGGUCCUCGAGAAGCGACACCUAUCAGCGGGUCCAAGAAAACUCUGGAGAAUCUGUAUCCGUGGAACGUAGACGUUCGAGGGAUCAGGAGAAGGUCUCGACUGGAAGGAGAGUGAGUCGAGUGGUUACCAUGGAUAAGCCUCUGAGGAAGCACCUGAGCGAUUCCACGUCGAAUCUGAACCUACCUGAGUACAGUGAACCAAGAGUUAGAAAGAGGAGCAGAGCAGGCAGCGAACCUCCUGUUAGUCAUUCGGAGGACGCAAUGAAAAUUCUACAAGAGGGUAGAUUGAAGAGGUCUCAGAGCGAUAUAGACAUGGAUAGAGGUGACUUGAUGACUAGGGUGGAGCUACCUCGAAGGGGCAGCUUCUUGAAGCCUGGUAGCGCAAGAAGACCGAAUAGCAUUAAGGGUGGAACACCUUUAGGGUUCACCGAGUUGUUCGACGAGUUCAGGAAUCAAGAAGGCCUGACUAGCGUAGAUGACAUCUUGGCAGCCAUUAUUGACCCUGAAGGAAUGUCCUUCAACGAUUUGAAACCCCUGUACAAAGAAUUCCUGUUGAAAUUAGCAGCAACGUUAACACAGGAUGAACUGUAUCAGAGGUCGGCCAGUAUAAUGAGAAGACGCCGAAGGCCCCAACGAAGAGGAUCGAGUCACCGGACCUGCUUGUUGGGUAGGGCCAUCAAGAGAUCCGUGUCGAGAUUAAAGGGAGGACCAACGGAAUUCACUUCCGUGAUCUUUCCAGCAAGGAGAUUGAACGACAGUUUCGGUAGUAGCUCAUCGUGUGACGUUAGGAACAAUCAUAGAAAUCGCGUUUUGGCUAACAGGCUGGUGAAGAGAAGAUCCUCUUGGAGGGGGAAUAAGCCUGGUUGUCACACCACUUCGGAGGACAGCGAUACUUGUAGACGAUUGAGUCGCAACGUAGGUGCAGCCGCGAACAGAAGUAGCAGCGGUUACGUUAGUUGCAGCGAGUGCAGCUACGACUCCGAGUCUUGCACCUGUGUCUCGGCGGACAAGUGUUAUUGCUCAUUAUCGAGAAGGGUCCUUCCACAACCACAAGUCGUCUCAAAUACAGUCAUUUGUGCCUGCGACACAGAUAGCUGCUCAGAGAGUAACAAAUGUUACUGUGCCCGACAACCGAAUCAACAGAUUCAACCGACGAUAUUAGAGCAACUUAGACAAAGAGGCAUCGUACCCUCUGAAAGCACCCUGAGCAGAGGGGGAAGUCCAGAGAGGAUCCGGGCGGCGAAAACGACCAGAAAUCGAACGCCUUCUCAAGGUUUGGAUGUACUCAAGAAGCAGUCAUCGUCAAGCUACGGCAGUUCGAAUAAUCUAGCCUUGGAUUACGAUCUAUUCAAUCCAGGAAGAAAAUCUCAGCAAUCCUCCGACAGCGAGAAGGUACUAGUCGUUAGUGCCAGAGACACUCAGGGACGUUUGGUCUAUGUCGGUGGUGCUGAGAGGGACAAGAAGUGUACCUCGCACUGUUCCAGUAGAUCCGGGGCCCACCAUGAGGCUCUUUCGAUCAAAAAAAGCGCGGAAAUCGCAGCUAUCUUCGGCUCUGAUUCGAAUAGAAUCAGCAGACGAGCCAGUAAUGCCUCCAGUGUCAGGAGUUCCAUUAGUCUGGAAGCUGGACUGGGCUAUUUACCCUGA